CGGGCAGCAGAUCCCCGAGGCUCCUGCAGCCGCCGCAGGACCGGCCAGCGGCGCCAUGGAGGGGAGCCCCAUCCCGGUGCUGACAGUGCCCACGGCACCCUACGAGGACCAGCGGCCAACCGGCGGUGGCGGGCUGCGGCGACCCACGGUGCUUUUCGAGGGUCAGCGCAACUACCUGCCCAACUUCAUCCAAAGUGUGCUGUCGUCCAUUGACCUGCGCGACCGCCAGGGUUGUACUAUGGUGGUGGGCAGCGACGGCAGGUACUUCAGCAGGACGGCCACCGAGAUCGUGGUGCAGAUGGCUGCCGCCAACGGGAUUGGGCGGCUGAUUAUUGGGCAGAAUGGCAUCUUGUCAACACCUGCAGUCUCCUGCAUUAUCAGGAAGAUCAAGGCAGCUGGUGGAAUCAUCCUCACGGCCAGCCACUGUCCUGGAGGACCAGGGGGAGAGUUUGGAGUGAAGUUUAAUGUUGCUAAUGGAGGUCCUGCGCCAGAUGUUGUCUCGGACAAAAUCUACCAGAUCAGCAAAACAAUUGAGGAAUAUGCCAUAUGUCCUGACCUUCGAAUCGACCUGUCUCGACUAGGAAGACAAGAGUUUGACCUGGAGAACAAGUUCAAACCAUUCAGAGUGGAGAUCGUGGACCCUGUUGACAUCUAUCUCAACCUUCUUCGGACCAUCUUUGACUUUAACGCCAUCAAGAGUUUGCUGACUGGGCCGAGCCAGCUGAAGAUCCGAGUUGAUGCCAUGCAUGGAGUUAUGGGACCCUAUGUGAGAAAAGUUCUGUGUGAUGAACUGGGGGCCCCGGCCAACUCUGCUAUAAACUGUGUCCCACUAGAAGACUUUGGAGGGCAGCACCCAGACCCAAACCUGACAUAUGCAACCACCCUUCUGGAAGCCAUGAAAGGAGGAGAGUAUGGAUUUGGAGCUGCAUUUGAUGCUGAUGGGGACCGUUAUAUGAUUCUUGGCCAAAAUGGCUUCUUUGUGAGUCCCUCGGACUCCCUUGCUGUCAUUGCCGCCAACCUCUCUUGCAUUCCGUAUUUCCGUCAGAUCGGGGUUCGAGGGUUCGGGAGGAGUAUGCCAACCAGCAUGGCUCUGGACAGAGUGGCUAAAUCAAUGAAGGUCCCUGUGUAUGAGACCCCUGCUGGAUGGAGAUUCUUCUCGAACCUGAUGGACUCUGGACGAUGCUCUCUGUGUGGAGAAGAGAGCUUUGGCACUGGAUCUGACCACCUCCGAGAGAAAGAUGGCCUCUGGGCUGUCUUAGUCUGGCUGUCCAUUAUCGCUGCCCGGAAGCAGAGCGUGGAGGAAAUUGUUAGGGAUCAUUGGGCCAAAUAUGGCCGCCACUACUACUGCAGGUUUGACUAUGAGGGACUGGAGCCCAAGGCAACAUACUACAUCAUGAGGGACCUGGAGGCCCUGGUUACAGACAAGUCCUUCAUUGGCCAACAGUUUGCUGUGGGGAGCCACAUUUACAGCGUCGCCAAGACGGACAGCUUCGAGUAUGUGGACCCUGUGGAUGGCACCGUGACCAAGAAACAGGGCCUGAGGAUCAUUUUCUCGGAUGCGUCACGGCUCAUAUUCCGGCUCAGUUCCUCCAGUGGUGUGCGGGCCACCAUCAGGCUGUAUGCGGAGAGCUACGAGAGGGAUCCCAGCGGUCACGAUCAGGAACCACAGGCAGUGUUGAGCCCUCUCAUAGCCAUUGCGCUGAAAAUCUCCCAGAUUCACGAGAGAACUGGCCGGAGGGGGCCCACCGUCAUCACCUGAGCACGGGGCAGAAGAGCACCCCGAGACAUGAGAGAGGAGAGACGCUUCACCGUGCCUUCUUGCUUCCUGUUUGUGCCUCUUAGGACUUUGGGGAAACAAAAGCUAUUUUGCUGUUGGGGGAGGGGGUAAGAUGA